CGGAUCCGAAACGGUGAAGGAAGGUCACAGUCAAAGUUGCAGGGACUAUAGAGAUAGAUACAUACGGCUGAUAUAUAGAGAGAGAGGGAGAGAGAGAGAGUGUGUGUGAGAGAGAGAGAAAUGUGGUAUAAAGGUGAGAGGCAUGCAGUCUCACCUUAUGCCGAUGCAGCCCAUGAUGGCAGCCUACUAUCCCAGCAACGUCACUACUGAUCAUAUUCAACAGUAUCUGGAUGAAAACAAGUCGCUGAUUCUGAAGAUUGUCGAGAGCCAAAACUCGGGGAAAAUGAGUGAAUGUGCAGAGAACCAGGCUCGGUUGCAAAGAAACUUGAUGUAUCUAGCUGCGAUUGCUGAUUCACAACCUCAACCACCUAGCAUGCAUUCUCAGUAUCCCGGUGGGAUUUUGCAGCCUGGUCCACAUUACAUGCAGCACUCACACGCUCAACAAAUGACACCUCAAUCACUUAUGGCUGCUCGAUCCUCUACGCUAUACAGUCAGCAGCAAUACUCAGCAUUUCAACAAGAAGCUUUGCACAGCCAACUCGGAAUGAACACUGGAGGAACCAGUGGACUUAUGCUCCAAGGGGAGUCCCAUGGUGCUGGAGGUAGUGGCGGACUUGGAGGUGUAGGAUUUCCAGACUUUGGUCGCAGCACCACCGGGGAGGGGCUGCAUGCCGCUGGAAGGGCAAUGGCAGGUGGAGGUAAGCAAGAAAUGGGCAGUAGUGGGCCUGCAGAAGGACGCGGUGGAAGCUCAGGUGAUGGGGGUGAAUCUCUCUACUUAAAAGAUGCCGAUGAUUGAAAGAAUUCAAGGCAAAUAAGGUCGAUCAACGUAGUUUUUUCUCCUGUUAACUCGGGAGUGUUGAAUUAGGUAACCGCUAUCCCAGAAACUGAAGAAGGUUGCUGUUGUUAUGGACCUGUAAUCUAUUUAUCAAGGAAAGAACUGGAUUUUUGUGUAUGUGAUAAAAUCAUGUAUAAUUUUAGUUUCUUCUAUUAUGUGUUUUGGUCAA